GGAGCGGGCGCACAGUCCAUGGGCUCACUCACGGCUAGGGCAAACAGAGCAGGACUUGUGCAGUGGACUCCAGCUCCCACAAGUCUUUGCCGUCAGUCGUAGGAAGAUUCACGAGUAGCCUCAAUAGCAGCUUGGGGAAACCAAUCCAGUAUAUUGGCAGAGCACAUUGGAGGAAAAGCAAAAGAAAAGCUGUAAAAAGUGGACGACAGCUAAAUAGGGAACUAUCUACCGUACACAGUUAUCGCUUUAUGCUCUCUACGCCAGUGGACGUAAACGUACUUAUAGUUGCUUAUUGAAGGAGGAUUACACAAAAACUUCCAACGAGGAAUUUCAGGAUGUUGGUCUGAGACAAAGGGGUCCGGGGCAUUGCAUUCAUUCGAGUGGGUUGAUUUCAUACUCUUGGUGCGUUCUGGAUGGGAAGAAAUGGAAACGGAGUCGCACUGGUGGAAAGGACAGCUAGCGGCGGAUAUCCAUCAAGCUCUCCGCAUAAAAGAACUGAAGCUGCCCGUCUACCAUGCCCACUCGCCCCAGAUUGGCAUGCGCCGCUACUUUGCCGACCUGCUGGCCAUCCUCAGUAACCGCUACCAGCUGUGUGCCACAGCGCGCCAUCUGGCCGUCUACCUCCUGGACCUCUUCAUGGACCAUUACGAUGUGGCCAUCAAGCAGCUUUAUGUCAUUGCACUCUCCUGCCUCCUCCUAGCAAGCAAGUUUGAGGAGAAAGAGGACCGCGUGCCCAAGCUGGAGCAGCUCAACUCUCUGGGCAUCAUGUGCAGUCUCAACCUGGUGCUGAACAAGCGGGACCUCAUCAAGAUGGAGCUGCUGCUGCUGGAGACCUUCAGCUGGAACCUGUGCAUCCCCACGCCAGCCCACUUCAUUGACUUCUACCUCCAGGCCUCCGUGCAAGAAGGCGACCUCUACAACAGCUGGCCCCUCACCUCCCUCUCCAAGACCAAAGCGUUCAUGGACAAGUACACCCACUACUUCCUGGAAGUGUCUUUGCAAGAUCACGCCUUCUUGAGUUUCCGGCCGUCCCAGGUAGCAGCAGCCUGCAUAGCGGCCUCCAGGAUCUGUCUGCAGAUCACCCCCAGCUGGACCACAGCCUUGCACCUUCUGACCGGCUACACCUGGGACCACCUGACCAAGUGCAUUGAGCUCAUGCUGCUCGCCCAUGACAACGAUGUGAAGGAAGCCAACAAAACCAAAUCUCCACAUCCCUCCAGCCAGGUGUCCCUGCACUCCGUCGCCCAGCACAUGCACCUCUCGCCUGUCUCUGCAGUGCAGCGACCCGCCUUGACCUCCUCCACUGGCCUCUCCUCCUCCAGCUCCCAGGCUCUCCUCUUCCAGGCCAGGGAGUUCCCCCACCUGGCUCAGCAUUCGCCCUCCCUGGCCCAUCUGCACGCACUGACUGCUGAGCCCCAGACACUGGGUGCGUUGGUGCCUCAGGACUUCCUGCAGAGCCACAGGAUGGGCAUGCUGCCAGGCUCAGAGCUGGCAGGCGCCCUGCCCUCCUACCAGAGCCUGCCAGUGGGCCUGCAGACGGGGCCCCGUGCCAUGGCCCUCCAGGGGCCCAUCUCCAUGCAGGUGGCCAUCGCGCCCGAGCCCCGGCACUGCAUGAGUGUGGCCGCCUACCCCGGGGGGUACCUGAGCUCCCACCCCACCUUCAGCACGGGCUGCUUCAACAGGUGACGCCAGGACCGGGAGAGGAAGGGCAAGCGGGAGCGCCCCAGCAGCACCGCCGCCACCCACCGUUCCCCUCUCGCUCUCGCUCGCCACGCCGCCCCCGUCCUCCUCGCGCCCGCCGCCCCCCCUGCAGAGGGACCGGCGGCACAAGCACAGACCCAAGCCAAACACCAGCAGAGACCCCGUGGAGGUCAUUACCUUGACGUGACACUGAAGACUCUUAGACCUAGUUUUGCCUUUUUUUCUGGAGCUACUCUUUAAAAAACCACGGGAAGUACGUUUCCUGUCACUGUGAUUUUUGUAGAAGCCAUGUAGCAUAUUCACCGUAUGGCUUCUCUCUCCUCUUCUCUUCUCUUCUCUGCUCUGCUCCAUGCCUGUGGAGCCUGACUGAACAUGAACAUGCCAGGGAUGCAUACUUGAGCUGCUUGACGGCCAGUGAUUUUUGUCUGGAGCUCACAAUGGAAGAAGAACCACUGACUGACUGAAACCCACUAAGAGUAUUAUUUGCUGAGCAAGUGUCUGCAGGGUUGAGAAGAUACAAAUGUGUCCAAACACUGUUUCUGUUCACUCUCCUCAUCUUCACACUGCUGGUUUGACGCCUUUGACUGAAGAAAAGCUUUUGAAAUCACAUUUUAUCCUCAAAAAGGACACUCUUAUUGCCUAGGCAUUUUUUUCUCUUUUUUAUUAUUAUUAAUAUCCUUAUUAGUAUCCUAUGAUAACCAAUGCUGCUGCCCUUUAUGGACUAAUGAACUGAACAACCAAGUGUAGUGUAGAAGGAGGGGUUCCUCACCUCAGAUAUGUUUACACAGAUCUGUUUCAUCAACCAUGUGGUAUCAGGGAUCAAGAACUCCAUGGAUUACUUGAAUAUGAAACCAUUUACCUAAGGUUUUAUUUAUGCUUUUUAUAAGUUGUUUUAUUUGUACUCUUUUUAGUUUAGUUUUUUUUUACAGUACGAAAACACUGUUGAAUGCUUCCCCUCAAUAAAGCCUUACCCCUUGAUAGAAUGUAUGAUUUGUUUAAGUGAGCGCACAGAAGGGUUAUACUAAACGUGUUCUUUCAGGGUCAAUUUUUGGAAGUAUUCUUAAUGCAAAUGAGUGACCUUCUCAUGAAAUAAGGAGCAUCUGACUGCCGUCGCCCUGGCCGCUCCGUGUGGCGUGGGAACGGGGGCAGGACAGAGGUCUCACAAGGCUUUUUUUCUGUUUUUAUCAGUGUUCACCAAAAAUGUAAGGAAUGGCAUACAAAUGUAGUCUUUUUCUGUUAAACUGUAAUGUUUCCCCCAAAGCUUUGCUUCUUUUAUUGUGAGGAGGAUGGAGCAUGUUCGUUUGGCAGUGAAUUUCUCAGCUGGAAAUUUGGUCAUUUUUGUACCACACAAAAAAAAAACAUUGUUGGUCAGCUGAAAAGAAAAUGUGAUUUAACUGUACUUUCAGUGUGUGUUCCAUAUCCCCUUUCAGUUAGCGAAUCCUUCAAUUCAAAUGUGUCAGUUGCUAGAGGUGGGUUCACAUACACAGGGUCUGUGAUGUGUAUGUUAGUAGAUCAAAAAGGUUUUUAGGAAUUGCAGUGCAUCACUGAUUUUCCAAAUGUUUCUAGAACUUCCUGCUAGUUUGUUUCUAAUGUGCUAAAUAGUACUGAACAGAACAGUCUUUAAACCACACAGAAUGUCCACAACACAUCUGCUUUUGUGAUAGUACACGCAAGAAGAUUAUACAAGUGACACCUUUUUUUUUUUUUUCUGACAAAACAUGUACCCCCACAUCAAUGAGAUCACCAAACUGACAGUGAAAUAAAGUACUGAAUUUUGUUUUGGGGAAA